AUGGAGAAUAGUCAUACUUAUAAGCCAUCGAAUAUCGUAUCGAUAUUCUUAACCAAAUUUGAUGUUAAAGAAGGGUAUAAAUUAGUAUGGCAUAAAUCAAAUCAAUCAUCAUUCAAUUUUGAUGGAUUAGAUUAUAAGAUCUUACCUAGUUCCAUUCAAAAUCUUGACAAAUCAAAUAUUCUUAUCAGUCAUUACUCAGGGGGGGAGUUAUAUUAUGGAUUAGGAUGUUAUCGUCAAAUUAUACUAAAUCAAUCCUCCAAUCAAUCAAGUGGCAAUGGUCAUAGUAUUGAUCGGAAUGAUGUUCAAAUGUAUUCUCUUGGGAUAUUAUGUGAUCCUAAAGUGAAGUCUAAUGGAUCUUGGAAACCUAAUGAAUUCAUUAAUAAUGGAUGGGAAUAUAUUGAUAUUUUAGAUUCAACGUUAUUGAAUUAUUUACAUAAUCAAAGUGGUGAUGAUGAUUUUGAUAUAUUUGAUAAAUUAUAUGACAAAUUGGUGAUUCAUUCUACUUCCUUAUUCAGUAAUUCAAGUUUAAUAUCAUCAAAUAGUGUCAAUCAUCCAUCUUCAUCUUCAUCCAAUUCUUUAAUUGUCCCUAAUAUCAAUCAUCAUUUAUUAACUAAAUUACCUGAUUUAUUUCAAACUUUAGGACCCUUAAUUUUCAUUAUUUAUAAACAAGCAUUAUUAAGAAAGAGAAUUGUGGUAUUUAAUCAAUUACAUAAACAAGCAGGUUAUGAAGAAGAUGACGAUGAAGAAGAUCACGAGGAUGAAGAUGAUCAAAAUUAUAUUAUAAACUCAUUCAAUUAUUUAAUUUCAUUAUUAUCGAUCAUACCGCAAGACAUUAAACCGAUUUCAAAGGGAGAUAAGGAUAAUUAUUAUUCACAACCGAUUUAUAAUAUUGGAUUGAAUGAUUUAAAUCGUUCGAAAUCAUCAAAAGAUAACGAUAAAGAAAAACAUUUACUUGAUUUAAAAGCAAUCGUAGCCUCAACUAAUGAUGAUAUUUUAUUAUAUCAAAAGAAUUUAUAUGAUAUUGGGAUCAUUAUAAAUCGUAAUAUUGAUGAUAAUGUUUGGGUUUUCAAAUAUGAUGAUAUUAAUGGUGGUGAUAGUUCAAAUACUAAUAAGAGAAUUAAAGCUACAUUAAAAGAUUAUCAACGAUUUAAACUUAUAUAUCGAGAAUUAUUCAAUGUUAAGAAGAGUGACGUACCAGAACAUGAAGAUGAAGAAGUAAAUCAUGAUAUUGUUGAACCUAUUAAUCAUACUCAUAGAAGUCAUUCAACAUCAUCUAAAUUAUUCCCCAAGAAUAAAAUAUUCACUAAUCUUACCAAUAUGUCUACUGAUGAUUUAAAUUCCAUCAUGACUAAUAAUUCAACCACAUCGGGUCCUCAUACAGCCAUCACUCCCAAAACCACCGAUGAUGACGUUAUUAUAGGAGAUAUUACUGCUAAUAUUGAAUUACAUAAUUAUAAUGAUUUGAAAUUAGAUAUUGAACCAGAAUGGUGGUUAAAAUAUGGGACAGAAUCCAUAUCAUGGCGAGAAUCGAUUUGGUCGGCAUUUUCAUGGUUUGCUACUGCGGGUCAAGUUAAUGAUAGUGAAGAUAAUUUAAAACAAGGUCAAGAUGUGGAUAAAACUGGGGGAAAUAAAAAUAAAAAAGUGGUAAUUAAACCCGAUCAUAUUGAUUUAAUGAAAUUGAUUCAAAUCAUUGGUUAUUUCCAUAAAUUGACCAAGAAAUGGUUUUAUUUAGUGGAUGAGAUUGUGAUGGAUCAAUUUGAACAAUUGAAAGAUUUUAAUCAUACUGCUGAAUCGCAUCUUAAUAUCAUUGAUCAAGAACCUAGUGCAAAUGAUAGUGAAGAUCCAUUAUUGGAUGGGAAUAAUAAUAAUGAUGAUGUGAAAAUAGUGAUUGAAUUGACAUAUCAAGAUAUUGUAGAAAUGGAAUUAGAUCCAUAUUCUGAGAAUGAUUUACAAUUUGUUAAAGAUUUUGUAUUAUUAUAUUGGGGAUCUAAAGUUGAAAGAGUUGAUAUUGGUAUUGGUAUUACCAGUAUUUGUUGUUAG